AUGCGUCCGCGUCCGAGCGCCAUCGUCGUCGCCCUCUCAGGCGCAGUCGCCGCCGCCGCAGAAACGUUCGACGUCCCGUCAAACCCGAGCGUCUCGGGCCAGCCUCUCGACGGCUUCGUCAGCUACUCUAUCGAAUUCUCGUCCUUUCCCGACUAUGCCGGCAACCUCUCCCAUCCCAACACGUACUCGUACAACCUCAUCAACAACAUCCACGCCAUGUCGGGGCACUACCCCGUCUUCCGCGUCGGCGGCAACACCCAAGACUUUGCCCUCUACAACGCCUCCCAGACCACGGCGCUCAUUGGCGUCGUCGACCCCCGCAAGUCGCCCGACUACCCUACCACCAUCACCAUCGGCAAGUCCUACUUCGAGAGCUACGCCACGUGGCCGGGCGUCCGCUUCUCCCACGGCUUCAACAUGGGCCUCGGCGGCAAGACCCCCCAGGGCCGCGAGACCCUCGUCCACACCGCGCCGCUGGCGUGCGAGGCCCUGCGCCGCGGCAACCUGUACGCGUGGGAGUACGGCAACGAGCCCGACCUGUUCACGACGGGGCCGUACGCGCCCCGGCCCGAGGGCUGGACCGAGACGGACAUGGCAGCCGAGUGGCUCGCCGGGACAGACGUCAUCAGGAGCCAGGUCAAGCGGCACUGCCCCGAGCUCAAGGUCGACCUGAUGGCGCCGUCAAACGCCGGCGUCAGCAACGCCCUCACGGCAAGCAACAUGUGGGCGUCAGGGCUCAACAGGCGCCGCGACAUCGCCAUCUUCUCCACGCACAACUACAUCGACGGCGCAAAAGUACCCGGGGUGACCCUCCAGGGCACGCUCAUGAACCACACGCGCACCAGGCUCUCCGUCGACGCCCACGUCGCCGAGUACAAGACGGUCUUCGAGACCGCCCGGCCCGCGCCGCCCCUCGUCUUCGGCGAAGCCAACUCGCUCUACAACCAGGGCCGGCCGGGGCUCUCAAACACCUUUGGCGCCGCCCUCUGGGCCGUCGACUUCAACAUGUACUCGGCCACGGUGGGAUUCAAGCGCGUCCACAUGCACCAGGGCACCAACUACCGCUACCAGGCCUGGCAGCCCGUUGCCACCGACGCGACCGCCAUCGGCACAAAGGCGCCCUACUAUGCGUCCAUGGCGGCCGCCCACAUGACCCGGCGCGUCGGCCGCUCGCCCGUGUCCAUAUCGUCCAUCCGGCUGUCGUCCGACGCCGAGUCCGCCUACGCCGCGCACUACGCACCCCGCGCCGGCGACCAGUCCCGGCCCCGGCUCGCCCGGCUCAUGGUCAUCAACAUGCACGGCUACAAUACCACGCUUGACGGGGCCGGUCUGGAGCCGCUGCCCGACCCGCCGCAGAGGACCGUCCGGACCUACAAGUUCCGCGUGGAGGGCGUGGCGGACGGCGCCACCGCCCGCGUCCACAGGCUGGCGGCGAAUGGUAGCGACGCCAUCACGGGCAUCACGUACGAUGGCUGGAGUUACAACCACGACUUGGACGAGGGUCGCGCCGUGCGGCUGGCCAACGUCACUGUCGGUGAGGAGAUUCCCGUCACGCGCGGAGAGGUCGCCGUCCGCGUGGCCGACUCGUCGGCUGUCAUUUUGAGUUUCGGGCACCCUUGUUGA